GUUAUAUUAAUCAAAAUUCUAUCAAAUGUGUAACAUAUUCUCACAUUUUUAAAUAAAUUUUACUUUUUCUAUCACCCGAUAUUAUCAGCAACCAUUUCAUUUAUUUGUUAUAUUUUUUAUAAUUUUAGUUGAUUAAUUUAUAUACAUAAAAUGGUAUGGAUUCGAUUCCUACUCAAUGCGGUCCUCAUAAAACUUAUUCUAUAAACUCACUAGAACCAACUUCCUCAAUACAAUCGGAAUCUUACUUAUAUGACAAAAAAUUCGUCGAUUUUAUAGAGAAAGAUGAAUAUAUCAAACUUUUCAAUCACUAUAUUCAUUUAGGAGGUGAUCCAGCAAGAUAUGCCCUCAAAAGAGUCCAUUUAUUAUCACAUCACUUGGGAUCCGACCUAACACAUGAAUGUUUGGUCCCCUUUUUAUCAAGCUUACAAAAAACUGUUGAUAUUUCACUUUUACCCGCAUUUUGUGAUUCCUGGCUCCUUCUUUACAAAAACAUAGAUGAAAUCGAAACUUUACUUUUAAUUUUUAAGAGUUUUGAGUUUUUUCUAUCCCACGAAAACCCACAAAUAAGAGUCAAGGCAACGAAAAAUGUUAUGCUGAUAGUCGAGAGCUCAAUAAAGCCGAGUAAAAAUGGAAAGAGUUCAAGCCUAGAGGUUGUUAACUCGAUACUGUGCCCGAUGAUAGGAACGUUCGUUGAAAGUGAUUGGUUCCCAUGUGCAAAAUCAGCGUGUUAUCUAAUACCGAAAAUAUAUUCAUACGCAUCGGAAAAAUCGCAAAAUGAACUUAGACAAGCAUUUCAAAGACUAUGCGACUCAGAAACGCUGACGGUUAAAAUAGCAGCAGCAAAGAACCUGAAGCAGGUGAUAUCAAUCAUUGAACCGGAACACGCUAUUUCAAUGUUUUGGCUUGUUCUCAAGAACAUGUCAAUAGACAAUGAAGAAGAAAUAAGAAUGUUAGCUGUGGAUUGUUCCCUAGUUUUUGCAAAGCAGUGCACACCGGAACAGAACCUGAACCUGAAUAUACCGCUGUUAAAGGCAGCAUCAGAGGAUACGUCAUGGAAAGUUCGAGAGUUUGUUGGUCUCAAUUUUAUAAAGAUAUAUGAAACCUUUGAUGAGUUGGUUGUUAAGGAUAAUCUGUUUGACUCCCAUGUAAAUUUACUAUGCGACAACAAUGAUAGAGUUAAAUCGUCCUCAAUUCGAUCAUUUUCAAACUGGUCAGGAAUUCUUUCACAGGAACUUAUCGAGGCGUACGUACCUAUACUCGAUAAUUUGGCAAAGAAGUCAAAUAAAGAUAUAAGACAAAGCGUGUGUAAAACACUCGCGUUGUUUGCAAUGAAGCUUAAGAAGAAGGAUGCGUUGUCAAUUCUAAGGCCAACCAUCCAACUACUUUUGACAGAUGAGUCAAUGGAAGUAAGAUUACGAGUGGUUGAGAACAUACAUUUGAUAUGUGAUCGUGAAGAGUUCUACGGAUUAAUAGGAGAGAAGCUCAUUGAAACCAUCGACACAUCAAUUGAAAACCCAAUUUGGAGGAACAGACUUGUUAUAGCAGAGCAACUUACGAGUUUCUUUAGCCACUUUGGAGCCACAAUAUUUGAGCAAAGUUUUCUAAACGUACUUUUCAGAUUAUUACUCGACGAUGUCUGGAAAGUUCGAAAUGCAGUUUUAGUCAGUUUGGAGAAAAUCUGUAAUGAAUGCGGAAGCAUAUGGGCAGUAAAGUUCAUUUUAUCAGAGUUAAAAACCAUUUAUUUAACUCCCAGGCAGUCAAGUUUCACAAAAAACAAGAAAACUAAAAGUUCCAUUAGAAUAGUCAUUAUACAAGCGCUUGUCGCCGUAGCUAAAUCAAUAGAUGUUGAAAACCUAAUUGAACACAUUAUGCCAUUGCUUCUCAACUCAUUAACGGAUUCUAUUCCAAAUAUACGUUUUGUAUCUGUAAAUUCACUCGCAAAUAUAUUUAUAAUAUAUAAAAAUGAAAAGCCGGAGCUAUUCCUUCAAGCAAAAUGCGCACUGAUUAAGUUGUGCCAAGAUUCAGAUGAAGAUGUAAAAUAUUUCGCCAAAAGAGCACUGGAUACCUAUGAGAGAUCAUUUAGUGAUCACCUAGUAAUGUAA